AUGAAGGAGACUAAACACACAAGAACUGAUGAAAUUGGUAUGAUAAAUGGCAUGAUCAAUGCAGCAACUCCAAUUUUUACACCCGAGCAGUACCAACAAAUACUCAGAAUAUUGAGCAAGGAAAAAGGACCAGCGGGAAAAAACACACCAGUAGAUGUGGCCAAUAUGGCAGGACCUCUUCAGUGGCAAGAAAACCAAUUUUCUUCUACUGUCAAGAUUUUCAGGUCUGAUAAUGGCUAUGAGUUCUUUAAUUCUCUUUGUUCUAAUCUAUUUCAAACCAAAGCAAUUGUUCAUCAAAGUAGUUGUGUCUAUACUCCCCAACAAAAUGGGGUUGUAGAAUGGAAGCAUAGAUACCUACUUGAAGUAGGCAGAGCCUUGAGGUUUCAAACUGCAUUACCUUUAAAACUGUGGGGUGAAUGCAUUCUAGCAGCCACUUAUAUCAUUAAUAAAUUGCCUAGCACUGUUCUACAUGAAAAGACUCCUUAUGAGCUUUUUCAUGGCUGUUUCCCUAAACUGGAUUACCUAAGAACAAUAGGAUGUCUUUGGUUUAGUACCAGACUUGACUCUCAUGACAAAUUCCAAUCAAAAUCCAUUCCUGUUAUUCUUCUAGGUUAUGCUUCUACACAGAAAGGCUAUAAACUAUAUGAACUUAACUCUAGAAAAAUCUUUGUCAGUCGAGAUGUUAUCUUUAAAAAAAAUAUCUUUCCUUUCAAAUGUCCAAAAGAGAAAUUUCUUUCAUCACAACAUGAUUCCUCCACACUCAUGCCUGCAGCUAGUUCUAAUAUCUUUUCUCCUUCUCCAACACUGGAUUAUGGGCCAGUCCCAUCUACACAAGCAUCACCCACUUCACCGCCUUUAUCUCCAAUCACCAACUUGCCAGCUUCACCUUCAGAACCUCAGAGUCCUCUAUUCACUACCAAUUCAUUCCCUGCUGCAGAGUCAAUCCCAUCAGACACCUUGCUCUCUUCCUCUCCCAUGGACCCUGCUACCUCUGCUGAACCUAGCUCUUCAGCCUCACCUGACUUACCUCCAUCUAGGAAGUCAGGGAGAACUAGUAAGCCACCAAUUUGGUUGACUGACUAUGUUCAUCUACCCCUACCAUCCACUCCUUCUACAUCUUAUCCCAUUCAAUAUUUUAUUUCUUACACUUACCUCUCUCCUUCUUUCAAAGCAUUUCUUACUUCUUUUUCUGCUGAUGUUGAACCAUCAUCUUUUCAUCAAGCUAGUAAGGAUGACAUAUGCGUUGAAGCUAUGAAACUUGAAAUUGAAGCAUUAGAACAGAACAACACUUAG